UUUUUUUUUUUUUUGUCGAAUCCGAUCUUUUUAGUGGCCGUUGAAGGAUUUUGUGUAAUCAAAGUCAACAUUUUCUCACUUGCAUCAUUUCACUUCAAAGAUUAGACGCCAUAGAAGAAGUCCAACAUUCUGGAAGUUGCUCUGAAGUCCGCGUGACGCACGUGUCUGCGGGACAGCAGCAUGGCGCCUUCACCAGAGAAGAAGAGGAAGUGCAUGACGCCACCACAGCAGGAUGAGGGGGCGGAGCCUGAGAGUGCAGAGUCAGUGAAGGUGCAGCCGUGCAAUAAUGGAGGCAGCACGUCGCCUGUGAGACCUCAGAGAUGAGCGACAUGGGCAGCAGCUCGUCGGCCUCCCACACGGGGGAGGGGGAGGAGUCGGAGGAGUCGUGGGGUGAGGAGGACGAAGAGAUGAAGAUGGAAGACCGCCAGGGUCCCGCCCCCAGCCUGUCCAGCUUGUCGUCCACAGUGCGGGCCGUCAUCCGCAUCAAGCAGAAGUACCAGGCCUUGAGGAAGCGGCGCCAGGAGAUGGCGCUGGUCCUGGGGGGCCACGGGGACCUGGCCGGGGCCCCCUGCCGCACCAGCCCCAAAAUCUUCACCUUUGACGCCAUGACGGCGUCCAGCCACUCGUCGCUGUCCUCGUCCGCGUGCCCGCCGCGCAAGAAGAGGAAGAGGAAAAGGCGGGUGUUGUACCCCAACAGGAGGCGCCGGCGAGCGCCCAAGCGGGAGCACAGCCCGGCCGAGUGUUGUCUCUACCUGCUCAGCGCCAUCGUCUUCCUCCAGGUGUACAACGCCAUCGAGAACCUGGACGACCACGUGCUGCGAUACGACCUGGAGGGUCUGGAGAAGACCCUUAGGAGGGAGGUGUUUGGCCAGCAGGGGGCGGUGGAGGGUCUGCUGUCCCACCUGAAGGACUACCUGUCCACCUACGUGCACAACAAGCCGCUGGUGCUGUCCCUGCACGGGCCCGUGGGCGUGGGCAAGAGCCACCUGGGGCGGCUGCUGGCGGGACACUUCCGCCAGGUGGUGGGCGAGUCCCUGGUCCUGCAGUACUACGUGCUGCACCGCUGCCCCCAGGAGGCCCGGGCCCCGCAGUGCGCCCGAGACCUGCGCGCCCUCAUCUCCGCCAUGGUGGAGCGGGCGGAGGAGGAGGAGAAGAUCCCGCUGCUGGUGUUCGACGAGGCGGAGCACAUGCACCCAGACCUCCUGGACGCGCUGCACGGCCUGGUGGCGUCCAAGCAGCCCAAGCACUUCCUCAACGCCGUCUACGUCUUCCUCAGCAACCUGGGCCACCGCGACAUCACCAAGCACGUGCUGCACAACGUCUCCGCGGCGACCGCCUCCGCCCGUCGCCACGACGACCCGCUCCGGGAUCUGACGCCGGCGCUGCGGGGGUCCCUGGAGAAGCGGCACGCGCUGUGGACGCAGGCGGACAUCCUGCCGCUGGGCCUGCUGGAGAAAAGUCACGUGAUGCAGUGCUUCCUGGAAGAGAUGACCCGCGAGGGAUUCUACCCCGACCGCCCGCACGUGGAGACGCUGGCCGGCGAGGUGGAGUACUAUCCCGCCGCGGGGGGCUGGGAGUAUUCCGUGACGGGCUGCAAGCAGGUGGUGGCCAAGGUCAACCUGCUGUGAAGAUUGGAACCAGAACUUUCCCGGAAGUUCUCCUUCCGGCCAAGACACAACCACGCUGUGUGAGCUUCAAUACGUCUCACGUUUAUCAGGUACUUAAGUGAAGGACACAACUUUUAACAGUCAGAAAAUCGUUCGUUAGCGUGCUAGCUACACAAGCUAAUGGCUAAUAUGCUAGCUUUUUGAUUGAUUGAAACUUUUAUUAGUAGAUCACACAGUCCAGUACAUGUUUUGUACACUUCACCACUAAAUGGUGACACCCCAAUAAGUUUGUCAACUUGUUUAUAAAGGCUGACUGAAAUGAGAUGUUCUUAUUUAAACGGGGAUAGCAGCUCCAUUCUGUGUGUCAUACUUCAUCUUUUCGCCAUAUUUUUGCUGAAAGGAUUUAGUAGAGAACAUCCACGAUAAAGUUUGCAACUUUUGGUCGCUAAUAAAAAAUUAGCACUAUAGAGAUGUUGAAGUGUGAUAAUAUGUCAAUUAACAACAAAAAAUUGCAUCAGAAAUGUUGAAGUGUGAUGAUAAUCUCUCAUCAUCUCUCAUUUACUAACAAAAAAUAGCAUUAAAGAGAUGUUGAAGUGUGAUGAUAAUCUCUCAUCCUUUCUCAUUUACCAACAAUAAUUAGCAAUAUUGAUUGAUGAUAUACAAAUAUUGAGGUGGGAUGAUAAUCCCCCAUUAAAUCUCUCAUUUACCAACAAGAAUUAGCGCUAUAGAGAUGUUGAAGUGUGAUGAUAUUCUACACCAACAAAAGUUAGCAUUAUAGAGAUUGAAGUGUGACGAUUACACCAUUACACCAACAAGAAUUAGUGCGGUAGAGAUGUUGAAGUGUGAUAAUCUGUCAAUUAACAACAAAAAAUUGCAUCAGAGAUGUUGAAGUGUGAUGAUAAUCUCUCAUUAUCUGUCAUUUAACAUCUGUAGAGAUGUUGAAGUGUGAUGAUAAUCUCUCAUCGACUCUAAUUUACCAAUAAGAAUUAGCGCUAUAGAGAUGUUGAGGUGUGAUGAUAAUCUCUGAAUUAACAACAAAGAUUUGCAUUAUAGAGAUGUUGAAGUGUGAUGAUAAUCUCUCAUCGUCUCUCAUUUACUAACAAAAAAUAGCAUUAAAGAGAUGUUGAAGUGUGA